UCCGGCCAUAUCCCUGGGAGACGCGCAUUGUGGAGUCGGGAGCAGGCCGUGCCAGUUAGGGUCUCCGGUGGCCGGGACCGCUGUACCGGCCCCGCGGGCGGGAUGUUCCGGGGUUUGAGCAGUUGGCUUGGCUUGGAGCAGCCGGCGGCGAGUGGCCGGCAAUCUGAGGGAGACGGGCAGGUCGAGGGAGACGCUCCACCCCAGCAGUGCUCCGAAGAGGUGUCAGAGUCGGCAGAGGAGGAGCCGCGGCAAGCGGGGGACCAGGAACUCCUUCAUCAGGCAAAAGGCCUCGGCAACUAUCUGUUUAGCUUUGCAACUGCUGCUACAAAAAAGAUAACUGAAUCAGUUGCUGAAACCGCACAAACAAUAAAGAAAUCAGUAGAAGAAGGAAAGAUAGAUGACAUCAUUGAUAAGACAAUUAUAGGAGAUUUUCAGAAGGAACAGAAAAAAUUUGUUGAGGAACAGCUUACCAAAAAGUCAGAAGCAGCAGUACCCCCAUGGGUUGAUAGUAAUGAUGAAGAAACAAUUCAACAACAAAUCUUGGCCUUAUCAGCUGACAAGAGGAAUUUCCUUCGUGACCCUCCAGCUGGAGUGCAGUUUAAUUUUGACUUUGACCAGAUGUAUCCCGUCGCCCUGGUCAUGCUUCAAGAGGACGAGCUGCUGAGUAGGAUGAGAUUCGCCCUUGUUCCUAAACUCGUGAAGGAAGACGUGUUUUGGAGGAACUACUUUUACCGCGUCUCCCUGAUUAAGCAGUCAGCCCAGCUCACAGCCCUGGCCGCCCAGCAGCAGGCCUCCGGGAAGGAGGAGAAGAGCCAUGGCACUGAGGAGGACCUGCCACUGGCAGAGGCAGUACGGCCCAAAACGCCACCUGUCGUAAUCAAAUCUCAGCUUAAAACUCAAGAGGAUGAAGAGGAGAUUUCGACCAGCCCAGGGGUUUCUGAGUUUGUCAGUGAUGCCUUUGAUGCCUGUAACUUAAAUCAGGAGGAUCUGAGGAAGGAAAUGGAGCAACUGGUUCUUGACAAAAAGGAGGAGGAGACAGCCAUUCUAGAAGAAGAUUCUGCAGAUUGGGAAAAAGAACUACAACAGGAACUUCAGGAAUAUGAAGUGGUGACAGAAUCAGAGAAACGAGAUGAAAACUGGGAUAAGGAAAUAGAGAAAAUGCUUCAGGAGGAAAAUUAGCUCUUUCCUGAAAUAAAAGAAUAAUGCUUAACAUUCUGUAACUGACAUUAAAUUCUAGAUGAUGACACUCGCUGAAUCAGAAUGCAAAAAAGAUUGGUAUAACUACGAAAUUCAAGAUUAUUCUUUUUUCAAGCUGAAAUUUGCCUUUUUUGCGUUUAUAAAAAGUAUAUAGAACAGUUAUUCUAAUAAUCAAAAAGGGAUGUUUUAUGUAAUAUUUCUUUAAUAUAAAUCUAGAGAUAUUCAUGUAGUUACUAUGGAUAUCUUUGCCACAGAAAUGCAAGUAAAAUUUUAGAGUUCUGUUUUCCAUGAGGUCAGAAUUAUAAUUUAUUCUUCAAUUGUUUUUUCCUAAACAUUUGUACUUCUUGUUGCAUUUUCACUGAUACAUGUAUUUGUUGAAGUACUUACGUAAUGGAUUGAUAACUAUCAAAAUGACCAAAUUGUACCAAAGAACUUAAGAAGAAGCACUUUCAAGACUAUUUUCUUGGUAGGUAUUUUCUAAAAUUCCCUCUAGAAGCCAAAAGGUAAGAUAAUUAUGUUGAUUUUCAUAGUGUAAACAUCACACAAUUUGACAUUGAGAAAUACUGUGCAGAAACAUUUGUUUUUUUCUGGGGCCUUUUCUUUCUUGUGUUGUUGUUUGUUUGUUUCUUUGUUUUUUUAACUAUACCACGUUUAGUAUCGUUGCUUUCCUAAAUUCCACAUCACAGUUUUUGUAGAAAGCGGGGUCUUUUGUCCUUUUUAUAUUAAUGACCUUCAUAAGCCCAUUCACCUUACAGUCUCUUGUUUUUGUUUAAAUCAUCAUCACAUAUAAAUGUUUCAGUUUUGUUUGUUUGUCUUAGUUAAACUGUCAGUCCUUAUAAAAUUGUGUUCCUCUAAGUACAACUUGUGGAACUUCACUGCUCAAUCCUGCUUGUAUUCUGCUACACCAGCAGGCCCAUGCUCAUAGAAUAUGGUAUUUUUUUUUUUUUAAGAUUUUAUUUAUUUAUUUGACAGAGAGAGACACAGUGAGA